AUGUUGAACGCCUCUUAUGAUGCCAACUUUUCUUGCUACCACCCAUCAGUAGUGGGCUAUCGUUAUUUCGCUGUAAGCUGGGGCAUAGUGGUGGCAGUGACUGGUACAGCCGGCAACCUGCUUACUCUGAUGAUCCUGGCAGCCCAGCCCAAGCUCCGUACCCAUUUCAACCUUCUCAUUGCCAACCUCACAUUGGCUGACCUCAUCUACUGUGCUCUACUGCAGCCAUUCUCAGUGGACUCCUACCUCUAUCUUCGUUGGCGUACUGGGGCUACAUUUUGCCGGGUCUUUGGUCUCCUUCUCUUUGCCACCAACUCUGUCUCCAUUCUCACCCUCUGCCUCAUUGCCUUUGGCAGAUAUCUUCUCAUAGCUCACCCUACCCUCUUCCCCCGCAUCUUUACCACCAAGGGAGUAGCGCUGGCAUUGGUAGGUACAUGGGUGGUGGGAGUGGCAAGCUUUGCCCCACUCUGGCCCGUCUACAUCCUGGUGCCCGUUGUCUGUACAUGCAGCUUUGACCGAAUCCGGGGCCGUCCUUACACCACCAUCCUAAUGGGCAUCUACUUUGUGCUUGGGCUUAGUUGUGUUGGCAUCUUCUAUUGCCUCAUUCACCGUCAAGUGAGGCGAGCAGCCCAGGCACUGGACCAGUACAAACUUCGACAGACCAGUUUUCGAGCUGGGCAUGUGGCUGGGGCCGGAGAAGCCCUACCUGGACGCUUUCAGGAGCUGGACAGUGGUGUGGCAUCAGGGACGGCCAGUGAGGGAGCAUCCUCUGAACCGGGCAGUACUGCCACCACUCAGACCCUGGAGAGUGACUCAUCCAAAAUAGAAAGCCAGGAAAACAACAGAGAGUCCAGGGUAGAAAAGAGCAGCCGAGGGGCGACCACCAGCCUGCCAUCUGCUAAGGCCAGUAGGAAGGCCCAGGAUGGCCCAUCGGAGUUCGGGAAGGUCACCCGAAUGUGUUUUGUCGUAUUCCUCUUUUUUUCCCUUAGUUACAUUCCUUUUCUGCUUCUGAAUAUAUUUGAUGCCCGGGUUCAGGCACCGAGAGUCCUGCACAUGCUUGCCGCCAAUUUUACCUGGCUCAAUGGCUGCAUCAACCCUGUGCUAUAUGCAGCCAUGAACCGUCAGUUCCGUGAGGCAUAUGGGUCCGUCCUGAGACGGGGCCCCCAGAGUUUCCGAAGACUCCGGUAA